AUGAUUGCACCGCGGGUGUCGUUUGGUUUGGAAAGAGCUAGGCAAGCUAUCAAGUGGCAGAAAACGAUCAUGAUAAGCUUCAUUGUAAUCUUGCAUUGUGCCCCCUUCACUAAUUUGGCACCGCUUCCGAAUUCUGAAAACCAGGAGAACCCUAGUGGUGUGAUUCAAACCGUCGAAACUCUAGGUCGCACCGUGGGUGGCUUGAAGGAUGACGCUAAAUCCAGUGCAGUUUGGCGUGACUCGAAGCACAUGAAAGGCGAUGAUCUCAAAGAUUUUGCAAGCGAUUCGGUCUCACAAAGUCGUGGUGUUGAUGAUCCACCAAGCACAGGAUACAUCUAUUGGCCCCACUAUUUUCACGUCAAGCGUCCAACUGUAUCGCAUCAAGAAUUGCUUGCCCGAGAUGAUUUACUCACCAAGUCUAUCCACAACAAUCCAAAUUUUGAGGCUCUGGAUAGAGAGCAUGCCCGAAUCCAGGCCUCUUUACUGAAACAAGCCGAAGGCAUUGAACUUCUUCAAAUUGAAUGGAAGGAUCGACUUGUCAGAGAAUUCAAAAAAGGCGGAACCAUGCUGGUUUGCAGAAAAUGGAGAAAUGAAAACAUUUCGAUGAAAGUUAGCAAACUAAGAGGAAAUUUUCAGAAUCCCAACGCCCUCUCAAAUGACGAAGAAUGGACUGCGAUAAACCGAUUAUCGAUUCUUGAAAGCCGAGGCUUUGAUUUUUCAGACCGAGAAGCUCAACUGAUCGAGAAUAUGUCCGCUGGUAACUCUCACCUCACCUCUGAUAAUAAGAGUUUAAUUACCGAAAUAUCUUGUCAAACGGUGACGCAAAGGCAGCUCAUGAGGAUCGAAAGUCUGAAGGAAUCUUAUUCCGCAACUCCAGACGGGGAGCCCACUCAUAAAAUGAUGGUCAGAAUUGUUGAAGCAUUAGACCAGCUUCAAGAAAAUAUAAGGCAAGGAGAAGUGUGGCACAAGAGCGAGAUAGAGCUCUUAUCAACCAUGGAAACGUUGAAAGAUGUACACGAGUUCCCAUCUGUAAACGGCUUGAAUCUGGAUAGAAAAACUAAAAGGGUGCUUCGGAAUCUCUUGGUGGAAAGGAAGAAAUCGGAGCAGAAAGCGUCACGCAUGAAAGCCUUUUCUAUCUUGGACAUGGAUCUCAAACUGUCUUUACAUGAAGAGCUCGUUCUAGAUAAGCUCAGGGAACACAAGAUCAAUCCCAAACUUGAUCUUACCCCGGGCCAGAAAGAAACAAUCAAAGAUCGGGCCAACGAGUAUGAUAUCCAGCUUGAGCGCAUCAGAGAAUUUCACAAAAAUACCCACCUGAUUGAAACGGCUCGGAAUCAUCUCCAAGAUCGAGAAAAAUUCGAAAACCCCUCAUCUCAAGCGCUAUCAGAAAGAACGAGAUAUAGAUAUGCAUAUAAAGCUUUACAGGCCAUGAAAACAAGGGGGAUCGCCCUCACGGCCAAGGAAGAAACCUUACUGGACCAGUUAAAGUCUGCUUCAAAACUUGAAGACCUGGACAAGAAUGAGAUUGAAAAAUUUGCAAUCGAACACAUCUUGAUCAAAGAGAUUAACAAUUGUCAUUAUCUUCGGAUCAUUGCAAACCAAUUAGCACAUUCCAAUGCAGAGUUCUUAGUCCCUCAAAAUGAGAAAAAUAAAGAGUUUCCAAUCAUUUUCAAGAAUGAAGAAUUGGAAGAAAUUUCCAGAUUACGAACAUUAUCUAGAGAUGAUUAUGAUGAUCAAGAGUUUUUGAAUGAGACUAAAUUUGUCAAGAUUUUGACGAUUUUGAAUCGAGUAGAUUAUAGAGCAAAACUCACCAGAUUUGAACUUGAAAAUCCAAAGUCAAUAAGAAUUCAACAAGCCAUUCACAAAAACAAGAACAAUCGACUCGAAGCUUGCAAGUCAGAAUUCCUAAAAAUGCAAGCUAUCCCAUCCGAAUUCCAAAGAAUCACAAACUUUCUAAUAGAUGCUCUUCACAUGAUCAAGCGUAAAUAA